AUGGAAGAGAUGGAAAAUAAAUCAAUGGAUGACCUAUUAGGCGCUACAAAAGAAUUAUUAUCGUUAUGGAUGACAACAUAUUCAAAUGCGGCAUUAAACAAUUUGUCACCUCAUGAAAUUCGAAAUAUUACAGCUUCACGACGUAUCGAAUCGAUAGGAUUGAAAAAUUUUGAGGCAUUUUUCUCAAACACACGCAUUGAAGAUGAUCAACAAAGCAAGUCAAUGAAUGCUUUACAAUGCAAAUUUACACCAUCUACAUUUGAUGUAAAUAUAUCGAAUGUUACGACAUCAAAAUUCCAUUCAAUGACCUCUUCGUUGCAUAGCCAUCGUUCACCCUCAUUAUGUAGUACUACCACACCAAAUGUUUCAUUGGAUAUGCAUGAUCAGGAAAUGAUUACUUUUCCUCAGUCUGGUGAACUGAAUUCGGACAUAGGUAUUCAGGUUGGACCGGAGUCGAAAUUAUCCGCCAUCAGUUCAUCAUCGAAUACAGGAAACGUUCCAAAAUUUUUUGAGCCAACAGAAACAUUACCACCCUCCAAUACACCGAUGAGUCCAUUGCUGUAUUCUUUACAAAAACAAUAUCGUGGUGAAUUAUCAAUUCUGGAAAAGUAUCGUUAUGAUCUCAGUCGAGCUCAACUUAAAGCAAGUUCACGGACAUCAGCUUUACUAGCAGGUUUUGCUAUGGUUGCCUUGGUGGAAUUGCAAUACGAGCGAACUACGCCACCUUUUUUACUGAUAACACUUGGUGUAGUGACAACACUUCUUGUAUCCGUUCAUCUUCUUGCACUGAUGAUGUCAACAUGUAUAUUACCUUACAUUGAAGCGAAUGGUUGUACGCAAGAUUCACCUCACAUUCGAUUAAAAUUCUAUAUCGAUCUAUCAUGGUUAUUUAGUACAUGUAUUGGUUUGGUGUUGUUUCUUAUUGAAAUUGGUAUAAUAUUUUUUGUAAAAUUUUAUGCAGUCAACUAUAUUACUGCUGCUUAUAUAACCACUGCUAUGCUCAUACCUGUUGUAGUGGUGUUUACAAUAUUCUCAUGUCUUAUUCAUAAAAAUCGAUUUAUUCAUUCAAUAAAUCGUGUUGGAUCAAAAGCGAUUGAUUUGCAAAAAUUUUUGAACGAAAAUAAUGCAGCAAUAGGAAGCAGCAUUCCGAAUACUGCUACUGCUACAUCUAUUGAACGACAUCUGGACCAAAAAUUUACACAAACCCAGAAAUAUUGGCUUGAUAUAACAGCUUACAUUGCUAUGAUUCGUAAAUUGAAUUAUAUCUUGAUAAAUAAUAUAUAUGGCGUAUGCUGCUUUAUCAAAUUCCAAAUUUUUUAG